AUGGCCUCUAACACUCUGAAGAACAAUCUCAGAGAAAUUAUCGCUCAUGUUGUUGUGCAGCUAAAUUAUCACCUGAUGGAGCUCCAGAAACGCAGCGGAGAGGAAGCGGUGAGGCUUCACAGGACCUUGGGACCCUGCCUUCCGAAUCCGUGUUUUCACCAGGGAAAGUGCAGGGUUGUGAGCAACAGUCCAAAUUGCACUUGUAAGACCGGCUUUACGGGACAAUUCUGUAAAGAUAUGGAGGUGAAACUCCAGUGCGAGGAGGAGUAUAUGAAGAUGCUGGUGAGGAAGGAAGUGUUUGAGACGCUGAAAGUCCCGCUGAGAUCUGUCCAUCUGAUGAAUAGCUCCUGUGCCCUUUCGGAGCAAGAUGAGGAUGGAGAGAGCUUCUUCGGAGCCACGUUGACAGGUGAAAACCACACUGCCUGCGGGUCAGAGAUCAAGGUCAACGGUUCUCACGUGUCUUAUGCCAACGUGAUCGAGUCAGACCGGGAGGAUAACGGUGUGAUCACCAGGAGUGCUGUGAUUCUCAUACAUUUCUCCUGCAUCUAUACCUACAAGCGUGUAGUCAGCUUGCAGUACUCACUCAAGGCUAUGGACACGUUUGUGCAAUUUUCAGUCAAAGAAGGGGACUUUACUGUAACCAUGGGCCUCUAUGAGAGUGCUGGCUUCCAGAAGCCUUACAGCCAGCAGCCGCUGUCGCUUCUCAUGUCAGACACCCUCUACGUCCUCCUGCAGAUAGAAGGGCAAGACCAGGUGAAGUACUUCUUCCUAAGUGUGGAGGACUGCUGGGGAACCCCAACGAACAACCCCGAUGACAGCACAAAGCACUACCUCAUCACGAAGGGGUGUCCUCGCGACAAGACGCUGGAGUUCCUCAACGCAAUUGGAACCAGCACGGUGGCCAAAUUUAGCUUUCAGAUGUUCCAGUUCAAGAACUUGUCCGAGGUCUUCCUACACUGCAAAGUCCGUCUGUGCAUUCCAGCUAACCAGGAGCCAUGUGCCAAGCAAUGUCCCAUCAAGCAAAGGAACAAGAGGCAUCUGGAGGACGAAUACAUGAAAGUGGUCUCCUAUGGGCCCGUUGUGUUUGCAGUGCAGUCACACUUGGAAACCCGGAACACCCACGACCAACCGUCCUUCUUGGGUGUGGAUCCCUGUGGUGAUGGCCGUGGUAGCCAUCACUGCAAUCUUCAUCUUCAUAGCUGUUGUAAAAGUCAUGAAGAAAUGAGCAACUUCCAAAUAAAUCUAUAAUUGCAGAUCACGCCAGGGCCAGUUUGCAAUUUUCUCUCCUGAAAGAAGUUUCCAAGAACUGCCAUGUUGAAAAGUUCUGGGUGUCCUUUAAGGGAUAGGAGAAUUUUGGAGAACUUUUCUCGGGUCAAAGCUAACCGUUCUUGCCCGCAUUGAAUGAACACGUUGCUCAGGAAAGGCGCAAACGUCUUGUUGUCUGACUGGUGAUCUGCAGACUCUCCGGCUUCCAUUAGAUCCCCGGUGAGAGCCGUCUUCCUGGGGGAUUUUUCAGACUGGGAAGGAGGACCAGCCAGGGAGGCUUCAGGCCAAUGAAAAGACGUGGAUCAGAAAACAGCAACCUCAGCCAUCUCCUCCUUUUCCCUUUUGGCUAAGAGCAAGUUUAGGUACAUCACAGAGAAAUUUGAAAGAAAAUGUUCUGAGAAUAAGGUAGCAAAACAGAGGCAAGAAAACUCUGAAGAAAUUCCAAAUUUGAUGAAAGCAAAGCUCAACAUGGCAUAAUCUCUGAUGCACAAGCUUGCUUUUCGGACCUACGAAAGCCACAAUAUGACGACAAAUAUUGGUGUGUUCCGGCUUCUGGUCUUGCCUGCCUAUUUUUUUUUCUUUUUUCUUUUUUUAACCUCUGUUUGAAGCACAAAGUUUCUGCCCUUAUCUUGAUUUACAAGAAGGCCUCUUGGCCACCUGUUAUACCUCAAAGCUGUUGAAAUGUGCUUGGUAGUUCAGGAA